UUACACAUACACAGAACAAGCACGAGCAUUUAUGAGGGUCACUAUGUAACAGGUAGUUAAGAGAGAAGAACAGGUAGUUCAAGAAGAAAGCAACACUCACAGAAAACAGGCAAAUCACAAAAUAAAGGAAAACAGAGAGGGAGGGAGAGGAGAAAGUUUGAGUAGAAGAGGAGAUAACAAGUCAAUGAGCUACAGACUUCCUCCCAGAGUGGAUGAGGAGUCGACUGAAGGGCACAAGCGUGAAGAACAGUUAAAGGACAUUCCAGCCCUAGUGAAAGAAAAUCGGAUCUUUUUAUCCAUUAAGUUUCAUCUGACUUACAGUGUUUGACUGUUGCAUUGCAGGCUGUGCUUUAAGCCUGUAUAAUGGCAGAGGCUCAUCAGGCAGUGGCAUUUCAGUUCACUGUCACCCCUGAUGGCAUUGACCUACAGUUGAGCCGUGAGGUUCUCAAACACAUCUACCUAUCUGGAGUGACAUCAUGGAAGAAACGGGCCAUACGCUUCAAGAACGGUGUUCUCACAGGUGUGUAUCCCGCCAGUCCCUCCAGCUGGUUAAUUGUAGUUAUUGCGAUAAUGAGCACCAUGUAUGCCAGGAUUGACCCCUUCAUGGGCAUGAUUGACAGGAUAAAGACAUCUCUACUUGUGAGUGAGUUUAUGACUGUUCAGACUCAGACGGUGUUGAGUGCCAUCCUGUUUGCCACAGGCCUGUGGUUAUCAUUCAUCUUCCUGCUGCGGUACAUCCUGAAAGCUCUCCUGUCCUAUCACAGCUGGAUCUUUGAGUCACAUGGCAAAAUGAGCUUCUCUACUAAAGUCUGGCUGAGUCUUGUAAAGCUGUUGUCUGGUCGGCGACCGUUGCUCUACAGCUUUCAGGCAUCUCUGCCCCAUCUGCCGGUACCGAGCAUUGAUGACACAAUCAGGAGGUAUCUUGAAUCUGUUCGACCUCUUCUGGAUGAUGAGCAAUAUAAACAGAUGGAGAUUGUUGCUAAUGACUUUAAAAAGGAUCCUGCACCCAAAUUCCAAAAACACCUCAAACUCAAAUCCUGGUGGUCCACAAAUUAUGUGAGUGACUGGUGGGAGGAGUAUAUCUACCUGAGAGGACGGGACCCCAUCAUGGUCAACAGCAACUUCUACACCAUGGAUUUGCUCUAUGUGAUCCCUACACACAGACAGGCUGCACGAGCAGGAAAUGUAGUUCAUGCCAUGCUGCAGUAUCGGCGUAAGCUGGAGCGAGGAGAACUCACCCCGCUGAGAGCUCUUGGGAUUGUCCCCAUGUGCUCUUUUCAGUAUGAGAGGAUGUUCAACACCACCCGUAUUCCUGGCAUUGAGACUGAUUUUGUGCAGCAUCUGAAGGACAGGAAGCACUUAGUUGUGUACCAUCGAGGCCGUUUCUUUAAGGUGUGGCUAUACUAUGGUGGUCGCCACCUUUGGCCCUCAGAGCUUGAGUUGCAGUUUCAGCGUAUCCUGGAUGACAAGUCUGAACCUCAACCAGGAGAGAUCAAGCUGCCUUCACUGACUGCCGGGAACAGGGUUCCCUGGGCCAGGGCCCGUUUAAAGUACUUCACUGAGGGCAUCAACCAGGCGUCUCUGGAGGCCAUUGAAACAGCUGCAUUUUUUCUGACCCUGGACGAUGAAGCACAUGGAUACGAUCCAGAGAACAUACGGUCUCUAGACCUCUAUGCCAAAUCACUACUGCAUGGAAAGUGCUAUGACAGGUGGUUUGAUAAAUCCUUCACUUUGAUUGUCUACAAGAAUGGUAAAAUUGGUGUCAACACUGAGCAUUCAUGGGCUGACUCCCCUAUCAUAGGACAUAUGUGGGAGUAUGUUUUAGCCACAGACUGUUUCCACCUAGGAUAUACUGCGGAGGGACAUUGCAAAGGAGAUAUCAACAAAAGCCUGGCAACCCCUACCAGGCUACAGUGGGACAUCCCAAAAGCGUGCCAGGAGAUUAUUGAAGGUUCUUACCUGAUUGCAAAGGGAAUUGCCAAUGAUGUGGAUUUCCAUGGCUGCUUGUUUAACGAGUUUGGGAAGGGCCUGAUAAAGAAAUGCAGAACAAGUCCGGAUGCUUUUAUCCAGCUGGCACUGCAGCUAGCUCAUUACAGGGACAAGGGUGAAUUUUGUCUGACUUAUGAAUCAUCCAUGACACGCAUGUUCCGCGAGGGCCGGACAGAAACCGUGCGCUCAUGCACCUGUGAGUCCACGGCGUUUGUAAGAGCAAUGGAGGACGAGAGCACCACGAAUGAGCAAAGGUUGGCGCUCUUCAAAAAAGCUGCAGAUAAACAUCAGAACAUGUACCGCCUGGCCAUGACAGGAGCCGGGAUUGAUCGCCAUCUCUUCUGCCUCUACAUUGUGUCCAAAGUAAUGGGCAUUGACUCACCCUUCCUCAAACAGGUUUUGUCAGAGCCCUGGCGCCUCUCCACCAGUCAGACCCCUCAACAGCAGCUCAAUCUCAUCGACAUUCAGAAGUUUCCCAAAUAUGUGGGAGCUGGAGGCGGCUUUGGGCCUGUUGCUGAUGACGGUUAUGGUGUUUCUUACAUCAUUGUCGACGAGAAUCUCAUUACAUUCCACAUUUCCAGCAAGUUCUCCAGCCCCGAGACGGACUCGUUCCGCUUUGGGCAGAACAUCAGGCAGGCCAUGCUGGACAUAAAAGCUCUAUUCAACCUGAAAGAGAAGAAGAUGUGACUCCUAAAAACAGAAAGCUUCAAUUUCAAAGCUGACCCAAACUGAAAGCACCAGUUUAAGGAUAAUAAUCUGAACAAGCACCACAAAUAGCAACCAGUAGGUUAUGUUAGUAUUAAAUAAACAUGUAUAUAAUAUAUUGUAGUUAUUUAUAGCAAAAAAACAGUUUAGUGAAUCAGUGCACCAGAUAUUUUAGAGCAAAAGGGAUCUAUGCUGGGGAAAAGAAAGUGUAAAAACAAAUACUGUAUUUAAUUGUAAAUAUUUUAGCAUGUAGUCUUUGGCAAAUGACUGUAAAUUGUGCAUAUUUACUUCUAAAAUGUUGAAUUUACUCUGCACUUAAUUAAACUGAAAAACUGUACACAAAAAUCUGGAUCUUAAUCACACACACACACUUUUCAAGAAUUAAAAAAAAAGAACUGAUUUAUUGGUGGGGUUUCAAUGCAUAUAUAUAUAAUGAUUAGCAAAUAUGAGAGCACGAGAAAGUAUGACCUUU